ACUCACACACGCACGCUCACACUUUUUAUUUGCCAUAAUGAACCGUCCAGCCCCUGUGGAGAUCUCCUAUGAGAACAUGCGUUUUCUGAUAACCCACAACCCUACCAAUGCUACCCUCAACAAGUUCACAGAGGAACUUAAGAAGUAUGGAGUGACAACUUUGGUUCGAGUUUGUGAUGCUACAUAUGAUAAAGCACCAGUUGAAAAAGAAGGAAUCCACGUUCUAGAUUGGCCUUUUGACGAUGGAGCACCACCCCCUAAUCAGAUAGUUGACGAUUGGCUAAACCUACUAAAAACCAAAUUUCGUGAAGAGCCAGGUUGCUGUGUUGCAGUGCAUUGUGUUGCAGGACUGGGAAGGGCACCUGUGCUGGUCGCACUUGCUUUGAUUGAAUGUGGAAUGAAGUACGAAGAUGCAGUUCAGUUUAUAAGACAAAAAAGAAGGGGAGCAUUCAAUUCCAAACAGCUGCUUUACCUGGAGAAAUACCGACCUAAGAUGCGAUUACGCUUCAGAGAUACCAAUGGGCAUUGCUGCGUUCAGUAGAAAGGAAUGUAUACGAAGGCUGACUUGAUCGUGGCAUUUAGAGGGAACUCUUGGUACCUGGAAAUGUGAAUCUGGAAUCUUAACUGUGUCAUCAAAGUAGUGAUGGAUUCAGUACUCCUCAACCACUCUCCUAAUGAUUGGAAAAAAACAAACAAAAAAGAAAUCCCUCUAUAACGUGAAUAAAAUGUUUAAGAAAAGAAAAAGAGAAAGAAAAAAAAAGGAUUAAUUUAGUGAAGGAUGAUUUUGCUCCUAGUGUUGGAGUUUGAAUUUCUGCCAGGAUUGAAUUAUUUCAAAAUCUCCUGUCUUUUUUAACUUUCUCAAAAUAGGUCUCUAAGGAAAACCAGCAGAACAUUAGCCUCUGCAGAACCAUCUGUUUGGGGAGCACACUCUUCCAUUAUGCUUGGCACAUAGAUCUCCCUUUUGUGGAUUUCUUUCUUUCUUGGGGGCGGGGGGGAAGGCACAGUAUAUAUUUCCCUUCUUCUCACUUUCUUCUAUCCCUCUUUUUUCCCCGGAUACAAGUUGUAGAUGAAAUAGGAGAAGCCCACGUUGCUGUAGAUGUGCGUGCAGUCUGGCAGCCUUAAGCCCACCUGGGCACUUUUAGGAAAAAAACAAAACAAAAAAACACCAAAAAAAAAGGAAAAAAAAAAAAAAAAAAAGGCAGUGGCGUAUAUAGUAUAUGAUCCAGGUGUUUUUUAGUCUUUACUGAUGAUGGGGUAUUCAUGUUAGUUUCUUUUCUUGAAAACCCUAUUCAACAUUAGGCAAAGUAGCCAGGAGCCUUUUUUGUUUUGAUAAAUUUGUGGGGAAAUGGCAUUUUAAGAGGAGUCUCUCAAAGAACUUAGCUGAGAGUCGAAUUCAUCUCUUUUCCAACCAAUGAAGCUAAGUGGAUGUCCCAGAGAUUUGUUGUUUUCGGAAGGGGAGUACUCCAGGCCGUCACUAAAGAUAUGUCCAGGCAGAGCAUUAGCACACUUUCUACACCUUGUAGAAUUGUGGGCUGUAGCAUUACUCUGAUUUUCUGUCUAAUGAUGUCAGAGAAUGCUGUUAGUGUAAAGUUUUUAUUUUAGGACUUAUUUGUACUCUGAAUUUUCAGGAACAGUCAAAGGAGUAGCAGCAAAGACACAAUAUUUUAGACUUGAGAAAUGCCUGUAAUGGGUAUUUCCCAAACUGCCCCCUAUAUGUACAGUUCAGUUUAACCACUGAUUGCCUUGUUCUUUUCUUACUAGGUUCUUUGUGAGAUUAAAAUAAAUUUUUUUUUGCUGGUUCAAAACCAACAAUGCCUAGUGAGUAUGUGUCCACAGGCCAUAAUAGGGUAGAAGAGAGACAUAGAGCAGCUCAUUGUGUAGCAAAGGGACUGUGUGGCUAGUGCAGUGGUGUAGUAUCAUUUCUGCAGAUUCUUUGCUGGGUUCAAUGUACUGAUCUAGAAAAGCUGUUUUGCUGUUCCUUUGCAGUUGUGACCAGGCUGCAUUGACAAAGCAAGUUGGAGGAUACCAUCAGGGGCUCUUGCACUCUCCAUCUGAAUAUUACAUAAUUAAUAGUGCUCUGCUUCUAAGGAUUUGAAUAAAGUCUUACGGUCAUCUUGUCCUGUUGGAAUUUGCUGUGCAGAGCCAUAAACUUCCCAUUUUGUUAGGAUCAGCUAGGCCAGUAGGAAUGGACUGGGACCUUGUUUCACACUGAUGAUACCUCAGAUGUUGGCUGGCUAUGUGAACUGCCUAUUUCCUAUGCCGAGUUGUUUUGAUUUUUAAAUAAAUGAAAAUCUGUAGAUUCUCUUCUCCCCCAUCCCAGAAAACAAAACAAUAUAAUGCUUUUUGAAAUUGUUUCUAGGAUUUUAAAGUGAAAAAUGAUGGUACUAUCCAAAAUUCUUUAUUUCAGAACCUGACAGUAGAUUCCUUUAACAUAGGCUCAAGAUCAAAACAGCAUACCCUCUAAGCUCAGAUAGACUGUUGACUCCAAGGGUUUUGAUCAAUACCAGAACAAACCUUUUUCCUUUGACAUGCUCUGAUUUUUGUUUGGAGGGAGGGAAGGAGGGAGGGGGAGAGAGAGAGAAAGGGAGAGUGAGCGUGUGAGAGUGUGUGUGUGUGUGUGUGAGUGAGCGAGCAGUAUCCACCAGUAACAGUGCCUGCCUGAGUUAGGAAAAUUACAUUCCUGGUUCUGUAUGAGGAGAAGGGUAUAUAAAGCAACAUGAAACAUUAGCCCUCAUUUUGUUUUAAAUUACAGACUAAUGUUAAUUGUUCUCAGAACUGGAUUUUCUUCAAAAUUAAACGUUUUUUUUUCUUUUGGAUUUAAUGAAGUAUUGCUAGCUGAAGCCAGUUUGACAUGGUGAGAGAGAUGUCAGACUGAUGAAAGGUGUGCAGCCUGAUUUAAAACCAAACCCUGAGCCCUUUUAAAGAACAAUAAAACAUAUUUUACAUGCUC